GAAACACCUUUUAAAAUAAAAGUGUCAUACGUGAGUGGGGUUAUAUUGCAUUGCAGACAGACACAGGCCCUCACAGUCAUGGCCGGUAAAAGAGCUCUAGUGAUCCUGGCGAAGGGUGCGGAGGAGAUGGAGACGGUGAUCCCGGUGGAUGUCAUGCGCAGAGCGGGGAUUGCUGUUACUGUGGCGGGUCUGGCGGGUAAAGAGCCAGUGCAAUGCAGUCGUGAUGUCAUGAUCUGCCCAGACUCAAGUCUGGAGGACGCCCGCAAACAGGGUCCAUAUGAUGUCGUACUUCUGCCUGGAGGUUUGCUUGGAGCUCAGAACCUUUCUGAGUCUCCCGCUGUGAAAGAGGUGUUGAAGGACCAGGAGGGCAGGAAGGGUCUGAUCGCUGCAAUCUGUGCAGGCCCGACGGCACUUUUGGCUCACGGUAUUGCAUAUGGCAGCACGGUUACCACCCAUCCAGGUGCCAAGGACAAGAUGAUGGCUGGAGAUCAUUAUAAAUAUUCAGAGGCUCGAGUUCAGAAGGAUGGCAACGUGAUCACCAGCAGAGGGCCAGGAACCAGCUUUGAGUUUGCCUUGACUAUAGUGGAGGAGCUCAUGGGUUCAGAGGUCGCUGCCCAAGUCAAAGCCCCACUCAUCCUGAAAGACUAAUCAUCACACUGUGAAAAGUUGCAUUUACAAUUGUACUGCUCUGCCGAUAUGAAAGGGAGUUGAAUUUAAUUGGCCUGGAAUGUGAUUUUCUGAUAUGAAUGUUUAAUGAAAUUACUUAAUUUGUGUUAUUGCAAACUGGCCAUAGAUAAUCGAAAUGGCAAUAAAAGUAAAAUAGCUUUGUACAGCUUUCUGUCAGAUUCAUAGUUUUCUUGCUUUGCACUUAUUAACUUCUGUACCAGAAUAAAAGUAUAGUGCAUUAAACUUAA